CAGGUACAUCAGUAUCAUCUGCAAGCACUCAGGGAAAGUACUGGAAUAUCCAAACAGACAUAUGGUGUGGUCAGUGAGUGCCCUUUCGCUGAGCUGGACUACUUUGAUGUGACAAAAAACUUUCCCCCUGACUUAAUGCACGAUUUUCUUGAGGGUGUGGUGCCUCUUGUGGUUACCAGAGUUAUCCAGGCAUUACAUUUUUUGCACAUUGUCUCAUUAAAUCAGAUAAAUUCUGAAUUGGAUGCAUUUAAGAUAGGGAGAAAUGAACGGGCUAACCUCCCUCAGAAACUUCCAGAUUCUGUCCUAAAGAAAAACACACUAUCAGGGUCUGCAGCUCAGGUCUGGUGCCUCUUCAGGAUUUUGCCAUUUCUCAUUGGACAUUACAUUCCAGAAGGUGAGGUGCACUGAGACAUUUACCUGAAGUGUAGGGAUACAGGAGAUGUGAUUUUGUCACCCACCAUACAAAAGAAAAUCAUCCCUUUUCUAAGCCUUCAGAUAGGCGAAUUCCUGUCCUCCUUCCAGUCUGUAUUCCCAGAGACUUUCACUCCAAAACUACACUUUCUCAUUCAUUAUCCACAACUGAUAUUGAAGUUUGGGCCACUGAAACAGCUGUGGUGCAUGAGAUUCGAGGGAAAGCACCAAUACUUCAAGCGAUUAGCCCACAACACGUGUAACUUCAAGAAUCUCAGCUACACCCUUGCCAAGAGGCAUCAGUUAAGGCAGUGCUGGGAACUGACUUCGCUGGAUUCCCUGCAUCAGGACAACUACACGGAGGGUGAACGGGUAGUACCUUUCCGAGCAUUACCACUGGAGAUACAAAAAGGUGUGAUUGGAAGAAGUGAGGCAGAGGAUGUUCAGGGUGAUGAGAAGCUUGGUGUUUGUAGCUCUCUUAUGACCAACAACGUGAAAUACUGUGUGGGAGACAACUUAAUUAUAGAUCUUGUGGAGGAGGACAUCCCAAUCUUUAUGAAGAUUGUGAAGAUUUUGCGGUUCAGGGGUGCUUGGAUGAUCUUCGGCAAGCUGCGGAUACCAAUAACAUUUGAAAGACAUUACCAUGCUUUCAAAUUGGAGGACCAGAAGGAGUGGAUUCUUGUGCAGCCAGGGGAGGAGAAAGAAUUUCAUCCUCUUGACACAUAUGUGCAUGAUGAUACCAAGUAUAUUACAUUAUACCACAGAGUGCAGUAUUCUAGAGCAACAAAUUGAUGGAGAGACUCUGCUGGGUCUCAAAGAAAGGAUGGUGGAAAGACUUUUUCCUGUAAUGAAACAUCAGGUGACAUUUAUGAAGGAGCUUAAUAAGUUAAAAAACCUGGAAACUGAAGUGCCUCAAAUAUCUUGUACUCGACAAGAACCCUGUGAGAAUGAGGGCUCAUUUGUUGCCCAACCUUGGCCAGCAGUAUACAACCUGCCUGUCUUUCCCCCUGAACUGCAAGCAGCUUUGCAGAGGAAGGAUCCCGGCUUUAAGAAGAAGGACAAGUCCCACAUCCGUGCAUUACUGAUUCAAGUGUUGUUUGACAGCAUCACUAAGCACACCUGGUACCCAAAUCAUAAAAUGUAUGGAGAUGUUCUGGGGAGUUUGAUCACCCGCUUUCCAUUUUUGAAGGAUGGCAGCUCCUCUGGUUAUGAUACCUUGUUGGAAUGCCUUAGAAACAAAUUUAAAAAAGAAAGGAUUCCCUUGGUUAGCUCAUCGAUCGUCCUGCAAAUGAAGGAGAAGUAUGGGAUUAAAAGGAAGUGUGCUGGACAAACAGAUUCGGAGGAACUUGGUCAACAACAAGAGGCAAGUUCAGUUCAAUAAAUUUGAUGUCGAAGGCAGAUUAAAUUUGUCUUAACAUGAAGUACAUGUUGACAAUUAUUUCAGAGUGCAAAAUGUAGAAGAGAACCAUUGGAUAUAUUGGCAUUUAAAGAUUCUGCU